UGCUGCUGUGGAGCUCGGGAAGGUGAACUCGUCUCAACAAACACGAGACUUUAACUGCAACAAGGUUUUGUCUUAAUUCACGGAUGGUUAACUUUUCAGUGGAGUGUUUAUCGAAUAGUAAUUGUUUUAGUUGUCAAAAAGGACCUAAAGAUCCGUGUUUCCUCGAAGCUAUCAUGCUGAACACAGAGGAAAGUUCCUGGUUAGCGGGGUCUCGGCUGCCCAGCUCCAUCCCUCAGUCUCCAGGGCCUCUGUGGUGCUCCGAUGCCCCUCACCCACAACUGAAGAUCCCGGGUGGGCGAGGGACUGUCAGGGAUCACUCUCUCGGCGUGCUACUACACAAGGAUGAGAAGUUAACAGUGACACAGGCAUCUCCUGUGGGUGGGAACCCCUCUCUUCUCCGCUUCCACUACCAGCUAAGUGAGCGCCGCUCGGCCUUCUGGGAUACUGCGCUAUCAGAGGACAGUCUCUUCCUGGAGAUCCCUGCUGGGGCGCUGGUGGAGGGAAGCAAAGAGGGGCUAACUGCUCUGCUCGAGUUUGCGGAAGAGAAGCUCAAAGUAAACUAUGUGUUCCUGUGGUUCCAUAAAAGCAGAGAGGAUCGAUUGUCCAUCAUCAAGACGUUUCACUACAUGGGCUUUGAGAUGGUGAAGCCGGGGAACCCAAUGGUACCGGCCCGGCCUGAUCUGGCCUUCAUGGUUUACUCUCUGGACAACAGCAGCUCAGACGAGGAGUGACAGCCACACCAUCUCCUGACACCUCCCUCUCCCACCCUUCCCCUCCUCCAUCCCCCACCCUUCCCCUCUCCCUUCCCUCCCUCCCCCAUACCUGCCUUCUUGCUGUGACACAAACGUCCCUUCCAAAAAUCAUCUUCAUCUCUGAAUGGGAGGGUUGUGCACCUUCUUUUUUUUUUUUUUAUAGACUUGUGAUUUAAGGGGGUGUUUUGGAGUGGUAGGAUUUCCAUAAGACAUAUACACCCCCACCAAACCCCUUCCCCUUCCUAGAGGAUAACUGCAGAUUGGAGAAACGGGGAGUGGCAAACCAACUCAUCACAUGCAUCGUGGGAUUUUGGCUUUUUUUGUAUUUUUCCUGCUUAUGUAUUUGUCUCUUGGCCACAUUAUUUGUUUGUGCUGCCAUCAACGAGACAAUCAGGAGAAGGAGAUGGUUUUUUACAUUAAAAUUUAGCAUAUCUCCUGACAGCUUUGACCUCUUAUAAGGAAAGAGACUUUGGUUUGUCUUUUUGUGCUGUAUACCAUACAAGCUGUGUUAGGGGUAAAAAGAGGGAAUUAUGGGUAUGUUAUGAUCAAUAAAAUGUUGUUUUGCUUUCUAAUAUAGAUGGGUGGAAGCCUGCUGUGUUACAUUUAACAUUAAAGCACAUGUAAACAUUUCUUUACACUUCUUCCUGAUACAUGUUAAGACAUCAUUCCAGCACGUCACUUACUCUGGGGUUUUUAAUUUUUUAGCUCUCAUCUGCCCAAAACAAUCUAGCCACAAAAGUGGAAUUUUAGUAUUAGUCUCUCCUGACGUGUCAAAACUAAGAAUCAGCCUGCAUGUUGAAUCGCAGCAGGGAAGCUGUCAGCUCGCUGAGGCAAACACCUUCUCUCCUCCUCUGCGUAAUAAUCAGCGUGUCAAGCUGACGGUGUGAGUUAUUGACAGGCUAGAGAGGACGGCCUCACUGUUGUUUCGUUUUGUACGUCUCACGCAGAAACAAAGAUCAUAAGCUGAAUAAUUGUUGGUGUAAGAUGGACAGGUUUAAAGAGAAGCUCCACUUACUGUUACUUUGCAUUAAAAUGUACACAUGACAUUUGACUCUAGUGACGUUUUAGCCCCAGUUUGUGCCUCUCAUGCAUGCAUCUGUUUUUUUUUGUUUUUUUUGUGACUAACCCUAACCCAGAAGGUUGUUUAGACUUAAUGUUGUGUCUGUCUCAUGAUAAAGAUUUUUCCUAUCCAUGUUGCCAGAAAUUGCAUUAUGUCCUUGCUUGUUCUGUACCACACAAACAGGUUAUUUUGUAUGAAAAUAUAAAAUGGAAUAAUAAGUGGAAUAAUGGUAAUACAUGAGCGGCACAAGCGGGGCUAGUGAGGCUUCAUUCGGCCCUGUAGCAUCAUUAGUAGUACUGUCCCGCACCAGUUGAAACAAGGCUUUUUGUGCCUAAAGAGGAGAGUGCAAUGUUAAUAUUUUUUACUCUUGAGUCUUAUUGAAGAAUGUGUCCACUUUUCAUAUUUCAUCCCAUGCAGAUUCAGACCUGUGCUAUAUGAGGAAAAGAGCUCAAUGUAGGGGUACGACAGGAGCAGUUCAGGCGAUUACCGUAUAUGCAAUUUAGUAAAAAACGCAGGAGGCAUCCUGUGCAGGGUUUUUUUUUUUUUUUUUUUUUUUCUAGUUUUGUGACUUACUCUGAACAAAACGCCAAAGAAUCCAUUCUGUCUGUAACAUGAUAAUUAAAAUAAUCUUGCUUUUCAAAAUUCAGCUCCUUAUAAACCUAGUAUGGUAUGUAAAGCAAUAUUAACCUACAUUCCCCAUGCCAGCCAUACUACCUGCAACACCUCGCAGAAACAUGAUAGUAGUCUCUUCCAUGUUGGUGUCGGGAUGGGGUGGGGGCCUUUUUUUUCUGCAUGUGUUCAGAUCAUACGAGUCUUUCGUUGCUACUGAUUGAGCCGUGACUAUAAGCUGUUAGGAAAUGUCAAUAUAUGAAUUUUCUCAGAGGUAUAUUUUUAUGUAUGUAUAUUUCUCAAAUGUUUACUGUGAUAGCUUAGGGAUUUAGUUUUUGUUCUCAGUGACAUAGUAAGCAAACCAUUCAAUGACAAUCCACACUUGUAUACUCUGGAAAUUUUUGCCUUGGGUAAAAAACAAUAAAACUUGUUAUCUAAA